UGCUGCUGCUGUUUAAAGACAAGUAGACAAACUUUAGGCCAAACACACGCUUCUCCAUGGAGAUUGAGAACAUGGUGGCAAACAGUGCUCUUAUUAAAGCCAGGGAAGGUGGAGGGGGUAAAGGCAGAAGCUGGAAAUGGAAGGAGAUGCUUCGCUUUCCUCACAUCAGUCAGUGUACGGACCUGGCUAUGAACAUUGAACGAGAUUACUACAGUGUGUGUGUGAGGCAGCCUAUCGGCAAAAGACUCUUUCAGCUCUUCUGUCGCAGUCGUCCUGAUCUGCAGAACUACAUGUCCCUCCAGAAUGCCUUGGACGCGUUUGAGACCAAGGCGGACGAGGACAGGAAAGAGUCUGGCAUCAACAUCAUUCAGAGAUUCCUAAUGAGUCAGUCCAGUCAGUGCAUCCCUAUCCUGCUGAAACAUGGAGAAAGCUGUAUUCAGAGUAUGGAGGCGGAUCCGUGUGUGGAUGUCUUUCACCAAUGCUCCGAAGACCUGCACAAACACCUGAGUGGAGAGCCCUUCAUCCAGUACCAGGACAGCAUGUUCUUCGACCGGUUCCUGCAGUGGAAGAUGUUGGAGAGGCAGCCCAUCAGCAAGAAGCAAUUCAGACAGUACAGACUACUGGGGAAAGGAGGCUUUGGAGAGGUGUGGGCGUGUCAGGUGCGGGCCACAGGAAUGAUGUACGCCUGCAAGAAACUGGAGAAAACCCACGUGAAGAAGCGACGAGGAGAAUCUAUGGCUCUAAACGAGAAAGAGAUAUUGGAAGGGCUGGACAGUCGAUUUGUGGUGAAUCUGGCAUAUGCAUAUGAGACCAAGCACUUCCUCUGCAUGGUUCUGACCAUGAUGAGCGGCGGGGACUUGAGGUUUCACAUUUAUAACAUCGGCGAGCCCGGCCUGGAGAGAAACAGAGUAUGUUUCUAUGCUGCAGAGGUCUGUUGUGGUAUACUUCACCUCCACCAGAAGUCAAUAGUAUACAGAGAUCUGAAACCAGAAAACAUUCUACUGGAUGACAAUGGACACAUUCGCAUCUCUGACCUGGGCCUGGCUGUGAGGCUGUCUGAGGGGAGACUGGUGCGAGGCAGGGUGGGCACACUGGGAUAUAUGGCUCCAGAGGUGAUCAGCCACGAUCACUAUGGCAUGAGUGCAGACUGGUGGGGCCUUGGCUGUCUGAUUUAUGAAAUGACUGCAGGACAGCCGCCGCUCAGGGCCCGAGGAGAGCAUCCAAAUACCUCGGAGAUGGAGCGAAGGAUAAAAAAGCAACAGGAAGAAUAUAAUAACAAAUUCAGCCAUGACGUAAAAGACCUCUGCUCUUUGCUGCUGACCAAGGACCCAAAGCAGAGGUUGGGCUGCCAUGGUUCAAAGGGGAAAGAUGUACAGUUUCAUCCUUUCUUCAAAAAAAUCAACUUCAGAAUGCUGGAGGCGGGACUUGUCAAUCCGCCAUUCAAACCUGAUCCCAGACAGGUGUAUUGCAGUGAUGUACAAGACAUUGAAGAGUUUUCCUCAGUGAAAGGAGUCACUCUGGACCAAAUGGACAACAGCUUCUACUCCAAGUUUAACACAGGCAGUGUUCCUAUAACCUGGCAGAAUGAGAUGAUAGAGACAGGAUGUUUCCGGGAGCUGAAUGUUUUCGGUCCUUCUGGGUCUCGAACUCCAGAUCUGGACUGGACACAGACCCCCGAGAGCCCCAAACGCAGUCUGCUGGACCGAUUCCGCCGCAGACAUCAGAAUUCAGACUCAUCAGAGGAGAGCAGACAGAGCUUGUUGCCCAGUGAAAGCUACAUGAAGUCAGGACUCGUCAGUACGACCCUCUGAAGACUGUCACAGCAGACAGAGUCAUCAAUGGACUCUAGCUGUGUCUCAAUUCAAGGUCUGCACACUUUGCGGUAUAAGGAGUCUGCCAUCUCUGGCCACAGCCAACCAGACGUCACGUUACAAAAUGGGCUAUAACUCACAAAGCUCCAUAUCUGGCAUGCAAACACCUGUGGGAUAUGUGGGAUUUCUGGGAUAGCUACGGAGGAUCCAUGUGUAGGUCACAUUUGCCUCAUUUGGAAGAAGCUUUUAGAAGUACAAUUUCUUAGUCACCUCCUGCUUCUAAGGGGCGUCACCAGUGGAGAUAGAGAUCAAAUGCCUCUGUACGUAAUUGGAUAGACCUGAAACCACCAAUGAUCCGGAUGACACGUGCGGCGCGCCGGAAAAUGUGUCAACAAAACGUGCUUCAUUUAGUUUUGUAGGAGUGAUGGUUAUCUAUAGAUCUAGUAAUGGCACUUAACUAACCACCAGCCAGGAAUCCAAAGAUGGCUGUCCUUCAGUGACUGCCAAAGUAGCUAGACGUCGCUUCUCUGUCAUCAUUGCAUUAAGCCCGCCUCUAUUGCGCCAGGAAGUUGGCCAAAACAGAGUGACAGCAAAUCACUGGCGGACUCGACAGGGUCCACCCCGGACAGGUCGCCAGUCCAUCACAGGGCCUAAGCAGCGAAAUAAAAUAAAAGAAUCACAUGAUAAGGGUUAGGUCACAGUUAGGCAACUGCAAGGGGUGGCAGAACUUAUACCUGAAUCACCUGUAGCUCCGCCCUACUUAAAAGUUACGCCUCUGCACUCAGACACAUCUCUUUUUUCCAUGUUGUCAUUUUAUUUGUACACGCUCAUUAGUUUUACGCGUGCAAACAUCGCGGAACGUCACUGAUAACAAAAGUGCCAAGUUUUCCGCUGAAAAAAGAGGCGUGACCAACAGACGUCGAUGAAAAUGCCUCGGAUUGUCCUAGAACCAAUCACACCAAUGAGUGACAAGAACGUGUCAACAAACUUGCUUGUUGUAGUUGUCCAGGAGGAUGACGAUGAUCUGGUGAUGAAGCUCAAAUCAAAAGACAGCUGCUCUUUGGUGGCUGUAGUCGUCGUGUUAAGUCCACCUCUCGCGUGCCAGGGUUUGUGAUUGAUUAUCUAUUUUUUUUGGAGAUGUUGUAGUUGGCCAAAAUGACACCCAUCUUUACUACUCAGCACCCUUCCAGUUACAAGCCAAUUUCCCUUCCUCUUGACCAUGGGAUGACCAUUUUGACAUCUUCUGGCCGAUCAAUGCAGCUGAUGAAGGAUACAGACCCUGAAUUGAGACACAGCCGCUAAAAACCUCCAUCACCACCAUCACCGUUCCACUGUAGCAGCAGAAGACAAAGGGAGAACAAAUCCUGUUCCUCUCUUUGUAACGAAUCAUUUCUUUACAGCUACUCUACAUUAGCACUUGUUGGUUUGUUUGUUUUUUAUCUAAUGUAUAUUUCACUGUUCUGUCUGUUACAUACACUUUAUUUCUAUACAUUUGACAAAUCUUGUUUGUAAAGAACAUUAAUUGUGAUAUAAAACACAGUAUAUGAAGCUCCUUCAUAUAAUUAUAACCAUGUUAACCAGCCAGUUUCACUGCCAGUGUUUGUUGUUUUUAAAUAAUAAAAAAACUAAACAGUAAAGCUGCUGUUAAUGAAA